AUGGCUGUGGACCACCCCACAGCGCUGCAGCUCGUGCCAGCCCCCGAGUUGCUGGGCGAGGUGCUGAGCGCCCGUUUCGGCCCCCUGCCUUGCGCCGCUGCCAUCACCCGCCUCAAAAAGCAGCCGUCGGGCGGCUACGAGGUGACCGGCGACCCGGCCGAGGUGCUGGAGCGCCGGCGAGUCGCCAACGCCAAGGAGCGCCAGCGGAUCAAGAACCUCAACAGCGGCUUCUCCAAGCUCAAGGCGCUGGUGCCGCUCGUCCCUCGGGAUCGCAAGCCCAGCAAGGUGGACACCCUCAAAGCUGCUGCCGAGUACAUCCGCCUGCUCCGGCUGGUCCUGGAGGAAACGGGUGGCCUGGAGUGCCCGGAAGAUGCCAUGGAGCAGGAGUCCAGUGCAGCACAGCUGCUGGAUCCCGGGCAUCCAUGGGGAGCUGCCGCACCGGGGCAGCCGCCGGAGAGCGGGAUUCCGGUGUUUCAAGCCAAUUCCUAA